UUUUACCUAUUUGUCUUCGGUAAGUUAUAAUGAGGAUAAAAAAUUGGACAAAGACACUUUCGUCUACGAUAUUGUCACCAAAUUAUCAAAGAAAUAUUCAACAAAGCCGAAUUCUCAUUGGUUUGAAUCUGAAAGUUUCAAGGAGAGACAUUUAUUGGACGGUCAUAAGCAUGGUAAAAAACCAGACUUCCGGAUCUUCACAAAGAUUGAUGACACUGACAGAGAACUCAUGUUUGGGUCAGAAAUUAAAAUUUUUAGCAUUGAUUUGGCAUUUGACGGUCUAUACCGUUUUAACCUAUUGUCAAAACUAUUACUUCCUACGGAAAAUGCGAAUUUUUUAAACAUAAACACUGUAGUAUCUACCCUAUAUUCAUUAUUGGAAAGGGUAAGAUUUACUAUUAGUACUAUAAAUUCAUCCCAAUCUUCAACUCAAUCAUCUCCCCGCCACUCAUAUUGUCGAAAUUCAAAUUCGUCACCUAAAAAAAUAUGUGUACUGAUAGUCGGAGCUUAA